AUGAAUAUACGUUACACAGACUUAUUAGCAAAAACAGUAAAACGUAAGAAAAUCAAUGAUAAUUGUAAUAAUAAAUUGAAAGAAUAUUUUGAAAGAUAUGAACAUGGUGUUUUAUCUGGAACUGAACUUGAAAUUAAAUGUGGCAAAUGUGUUAAUACUGUAAAACUACCUGUUUUAUGUAAGGAACAAAACAUCCAAAAUUUUUCUCGUCGUCAUCCAUUCUCCUGUUGGUUAUCGUCCAUGUUAUUAUGUUUCUCAGGCUCUAUAUUAGCAAAUUUUUUACUUGGUGAACCUCCUAUUAAAGAUUUUCAACACCAUCAACAUUUGAUAUUAGCUUCACUCUGUUGGUAUCUGGUAUUUUAUUCUCCCUUUGAUUUAAUCUAUAAACUAUUAAAAUUUACUCCAAUUAAAUUAUUUGUUGGUAUUAUAAAAGAAAUUCAACGAACAAAAAAAGUUUAUGAUGGUGUACAACAUACACUGAAUAUUUAUCCAGACUCUUACAUCAUUAGUGUUGUUAUUGGAACAGUCAAAGGUAGUGGUGGUUCAGUCAUGGUAUUGAUUGAUCGUUUCGUGCGAGGUGUAUGGUUACCAACUCAACAUGAAUUCUUAUAUCCUACAUUUGCGACUAAAGCAUGUGUAAUAGCAGCGAUUGUAUUUACAAUGGAUCGUUAUUCAUUGAUUAAUUUUGAUCGUGAAUUAAUUUAUUUAUGCAUUGCUACCGCAUUUAUUUACGUUAAAAUCAUAUCCAUUUUUUAUAAACAAUAUGAUCCAUUGAUGCCAUUUGAGAAUUUAUCAUGUGGCUUACUAUUCAAUAAUUGGAUCGAUGCUAUAUCUGAGGCAUUUCAUCGUACAAAAACUCCACCGGGUACAACAUCUCAUUUAUUAUCAACAACAUUAACUCCGAUAUCCGGUUCUUCUUCGUCAUCGUCUACAACUGUUAUUAGUAAAAAAGACUCAAUGAACGGAAAUCUAAUGGUAACUGGACUACAACAAGUAAAAGGAUUAGAUCUGAAGAAACGAGAAUGAUUAUAAUUACCUUCACCGAUAUUUUUUUACGUCUUUUUUUUUUAUUUUAUUUGUCAACGUUGAAUUGUGUUUCCUGUUUUUGAUGUCAACUCUUUUUUCUUUUUUUUAUAACAACUAAUAUUAGUAUUGAUAUUAGUAUAUGUGUAUGUAGAACAGAAUAUCCCUCGAUUUUUCUAAAUAGCUCAAGUUACUAUCUACGAUAAAGACAUCAACAACUUUCAUAUUCCCAGCUGUAUCGACCGACAACACUAGAAUAUUAUAAGAGACUAAAAUACGUACAUAGCUCAUGAACAUUCUUGUAACUUGGGUAAUGAAAUUUAGAUGCUAUUUCAACUAUGAAUUCAUAAAGAAGUCCAUUAACAUACAACAGGCAGAUGUGAUAUCUCUGUCGAACAGUUCAAAUAUGCUCUUUUUUAAUGCGAUUUUCUAGUGAUAGAUGUGAUAUAACUGUUCAAUGUUAUGUUAUUUCUUUUCUCAUCAUUUAUCCCCUAAAUUUAUACUGUAUUAUUGAAUGAAUUAGUUAGUUACAUAUUUUUUAUUCAAUACCCGUGAUAUGCUUAUUAUAAGUAACGUAAACAAAUAAAAUGUAUUUGUCUGUUUUAUUUUGUUUGUUUCGUUAUUCUUCGUUAAUCUCACCGCAUUUAUCUACUUAUUCAUUUCUUUUUUAAUGAAUUAAUAUUUGACGUUUUUUGCUUGUCAAAAAUCUGUUGUUUUCUUAAUUAAAUAAGAAAUUGACCUAUUGGCAUGCUUUUGAUCUUUUACUUUUUUUUCUGGAGCUAAAAAUACGACAUAUUUUUCUCCUAUUGAGGAUCUUGAAUAAUAUAAUACAUCGAGUGAAUGACAGAUAAAAUCGGACACUUUUAUUUUAAUCAUAUCUCCUACUUUCUUACGAGGGAACCGCCCCAGGUGUCCGGCUCCGAUUUCGUUCGUUCAUACAUCAUUCGAUAGAGGACCUCGAGUAGGCAAAAAGGCUAAAAGGAUUUGGGCGGAGGGCCCU